AUGGCCUCUGGUCCCCCCUUAGUUCCACUCUCUGAGCUUGAUUCCCCUUUCCAGCUCCAGGAACACCUCAAAGCCUCCUAUCAUCACUUCACGCAGCCCGCAGGCUCCGAUAACAUUGCACCGAUAACCCGAGAAAUCGCGCGAGAGCUGGCGGAACCCCCAGCGGGCGUGGAACGGUCACUAUGGCUAUAUGAGUUGUGCCGGUUCCUUACCAUGAAAGCGAACAAUCUUGUUAUUGCCUUCUUUGCCGAAGACCCACCAUGCUCGGCGCAAACAUGUCCGGAAAUGCGCGCUUCUGAAUGGCAAUAUCUCUGUGCCGUUCACGACCCUCCGAAAUCCUGCUGUGCAAUCGACUACUGCUGCCAUACGCUCGACUGGGCAACGAAUGUUCUCACAUCACCUAAAUUUUUCCCAAGCCGACUCACGCUCGGUUCUGAUGCGACCGGAGGGCCUCAGGCCAGCAUGAGACAUCUUACCAAUGUUUUCCGACGGGUAUAUCGAAUAUUUGCACACGCUUGGUUUCAACAUCGGGGUGUUUUUUGGCAGGUUGAGGGGCACGAUGGCCUUUACGUCUUUUUCAAAACAGUUUGCGAUAUCUACAGCCUUAUUCCCGAUGACAGCUAUACAAUUCCUCCAGAAGCAGAGGGUGAAGAAGCCUCUAACACCGAUGCUGCUAGCCAGAACCAAGGUGUAAACAGAAGGUUGACUAUUCUACGCAAGGAUGAUCCAGUAACUGUAACACCUCCCAACAGUCUCGAGGAGCCCAGCGCAGGUUUGGCCGCAGCAACUACAAGGCGGCAUCGACAUUCUCCGUCAACUGGGGUGGGCGUUACAACGAUUGCUGAGGCAGCAGAAGAUGACGAUUUAAGCAGGAACACCCUGGGAGUUACCCAGCCAUCCAAAGAUUCUAAAGUUGAAAGGAAUGAGAAGGUUGAAAAAAUAGUGGAAGAACUAACUGAGGAACCGGAGCCACUGCCAACAAACGAGGAGCAAAAUAUCAUACCCGAAACCGUACCCAUGAAAGACAGUGAAACGACCAAGACAGAAAAGCCAGCUGUGGUAGAGGAAGCCACCCCAGCACCUUCGUUGCCCGAAGAAGUGGUGGCGGAUUCCGAUAAGGAGCCAGUCGAGGAAGCUCCUGGGUCUCCUGGUCCAUCCGAGCCCACCACUUCGAGCAUAGAUGAAGAAGUGAAGGAGGACCAGACAACGAGUUCAGCUGAACCACAGGCAGAAGAAGGAGAAGAAAUCGGUAAAUCUCAAUUGCCACAAAGUACUGAAACUGGAGAGGAUGAGCAGAAGUCCGCAGCCGAACCUAAAGCCCCUACGGACGCUAGUGUUCCAAGCGAGGCGCAAGUUGAGCCAACCAAGGAAACCAAAGAAGUCGGAGAAACCAAAGGGAAUGAAGCUGAGGAGCUAGAACCCAAAGCAUCAUCCUAA